AUGGUUCCGGCUCUCUCAUUGGCUGGGAUAAGACUACAGAUGACCUUGCGGCGGUACUGCAACGACCAUUUCUACGGCCCCACAUGCGGGGUCUACUGCGAAGAGGUCGACAAGGCUGGCAUUGGCCACUUCAUCUGCGACUCGGACGGCAACAAAGUCUGCCUGCCAGGUGAGGAGGGCGAAGCUGAGCCUCGACGUGUCCGAGGCCGCUUGAAGCCGCCCGAAAGGUCAGGGCUGGGCUGGAGUUCGAGUCAGGUGACGACGAGCGAUGAAGCGUUUCACGGGCCGUUUGAGCCGAGAGUUCAUCUCUCCUCGGCCGAGCCUCAAAUGGACCCUACGCUCUUCCAAUUUGGAGCUCAACUCGGAGGUCGUCUAAUCACAGCCGAAAAUGCGGCAGCAGCAACAAUAUCUUCAUCGCCAAAGUCAUUGUUUUCACUUUCGGGUUCAUCCUCCGCCUCAGUAUUAUCACAAGCACGAUCAAAAACAUGA